AUGGCUUCGCCUUCCUGUAGCCCUCCGCCUUUCCAAGCCGUCACUCACCUGAUCUUCGACAUGGACGGGCUGCUAUUGGACACAGAACGGCUUUACACGAUCGCUUACCAAGAGAUCUGCCAGCGCUUCGGCAAGACUUACACCUGGGAUGUGAAAUCCUUAGCCAUGGGCACGAAAGCCCUGGAGGGAGCAGAGAUUAUCCGGGAGGCUCUGGAUCUCCCUAUCACCAAGGAAGAACUCUUGCACGAGAGCAAAAUCCAGCAAGAGAAGCUGUUCCCCACCGCCGCCUUGAUGCCGGGGGUGGACAGACUCGUCCGGCACCUGCACAGACACCAGGUCCCCAUCGCGGUGGCCACCAGCUCUUCCCGAGCCAGCUUCGACAUGAAAACCGUUCGCCACCAAGACUUCUUUCGCCUGUUCCAUCACAUCGUCUUGGGGGACGACCCCGAAGUGAAAGCCGGCAAGCCCCAGCCAGACGUCUUCUUAGUCUGCGCCCAGAGAUUCAACCCACCAGCCCGGCCAGAAAAGUGCCUUGUCUUUGAAGAUGCGCCCAAUGGGGUCCAAGCGGCGCUGAACGCUGGCAUGCAAGUAGUCAUGGUCCCGGACGAAAACUUGAACAAAGAUCUCGCCAAGGGAGCGACCCUGGUGCUCCAGUCCAUGGCAGAUUUCAAGCCCGAAGCCUUUGGUUUACCGCCCAUUUGAUGAAUGCCUGCUGGGUUUUGCUUUGUUUUUGCGUCUUAUUGAUUUAGUUUUCCUUGAUUUGGGGUGGGAAGGCUUUUUGGGGGGGAAUUCAAGAGCUUCACGACCCCUAUCAAAAUCAUACGUUACGUUUUAUAAAGUUUACCAGAUGACUCGUUUAUUCAAACCCAAGAAAGCUCACUGGAAAUAAGGAUGGGCUACAAGUUUAACAGACUUUUGGUUCCUUCUUUAAAAAGCGUAGCCCCCCAAUCCCCCGCUUUUAAUGGGUUGAUGAGAACUGCAUAUGUUGUGUUGCCUUGUUUACUAUACACACGCCAUAAAAUAAAUAUUCAAAACCUCUUAUCUAUGCUUUAAACCUGGAAAAAAGAAGAAUGGGGGGGACCCAUGUGGCUGAAACACAUUUGGUUUUAAUGUAAUUUCUCCAGUAUAAAUUAUUUAUAAUGCAAUAAAGUUUUGUAAAUUUCACAUUGCAA